GAGGCGGGCGGAGCAGCCUGUGCACUGUGGGCAGUUCGAUGGGUUGGUGGAGCUGGCGACGAUCUGUGCCCUCUGCAACGACUCGGCGCUGGACUACAACGAGGCUAAGGGCGUGUAUGAGAAGGUAGGAGAGGCCACGGAGACGGCUCUGACUUGCUUGGUGGAGAAAAUGAAUGUGUUUGACACCAACCUACAGGCCCUAUCCCGGGUGGAGCGAGCCAGUGCCUGCAAUGCGGUCAUCAAGCAGCUGAUGCGCAAGGAGUUUACUCUGGAGUUCUCCCGAGACCGGAAGUCCAUGUCAGUGUACUGCACGCCUACUGUCCCUGGCCUGGCAGCCCAGGGCAGCAAGAUGUUUGUGAAGGGGGCUCCUGAGAGUGUGAUCGAGCGCUGCAGCUCAGUCCGAGUGGGGGGCCACACAGUACCCCUGACUGCCACCUGCAGGGAGCAGAUCCUGGCCAAGAUUCGGGAUUGGGGCUCAGGCUCAGACACGUUGCGUUGCCUGGCGCUGGCCACUCGGGAUGCACCCCCCAGGAAGGAGGACAUGCAGCUGGACGACUGCAGCAAGUUUGUGCAGUACGAGACGGACCUGACUUUUGUGGGCUGCGUGGGCAUGCUGGACCCUCCAAGGCCUGAGGUGGCUGCUUGCAUCGCACGCUGCCACCAGGCCGGCAUCCGUGUGGUCAUGAUCACAGGGGACAACAAAGGCACAGCUGUGGCCAUCUGCCGCCGGCUUGGCAUCUUCGGGGACACAGAGGACGUGGUGGGGAAGGCCUACACAGGCCGCGAGUUCGAUGACCUCAGCCCCGAGGAGCAGCGCCACGCCUGCCGCACGGCUUGCUGUUUUGCCCGUGUGGAACCUGCGCACAAGUCCCGAAUCGUAGAGAACCUACAGUCCUUUAAUGAGAUCACCGCCAUGACCGGAGACGGGGUGAAUGAUGCCCCGGCUCUGAAGAAAGCAGAGAUUGGCAUUGCCAUGGGCUCUGGCACAGCUGUGGCCAAGUCAGCAGCCGAGAUGGUGCUGUCAGAUGACAACUUUGCCUCGAUCGUGGCCGCGGUGGAGGAGGGACGUGCCAUCUACAACAACAUGAAGCAGUUCAUCCGCUACCUCAUCUCCUCCAACGUGGGCGAGGUGGUCUGCAUCUUCCUCACGGCAAUUCUGGGCCUCCCGGAAGCCCUGAUCCCUGUGCAGCUGCUCUGGGUGAACUUGGUGACAGAUGGGCUACCUGCCACAGCCCUGGGCUUUAACCCACCAGACCUGGACAUCAUGGAGAAGCUGCCGAGGAACCCUCAUGAGGCCCUCAUCAGCGGCUGGCUCUUUUUUCGAUAUCUGGCUAUUGGAGUGUACGUGGGCCUGGCCACGGUGGCUGCUGCCACUUGGUGGUUCCUUUAUGAUCCCGAGGGACCUCACGUCACCUUCUACCAACUGAGGAACUUCCUGAAGUGCUCCAAAGACAACCCACUCUUUGCUGACAUCGACUGUGAGGUCUUCGAGUCACGCUUUCCCACAACCAUGGCCUUGUCUGUGCUGGUGACCAUUGAAAUGUGCAAUGCCCUCAACAGCGUGUCAGAGAACCAGUCGCUGCUGCGGAUGCCGCCCUGGCUGAACCCUUGGCUGCUGGCCGCUGUGGCCAUGUCCAUGGCGCUGCACUUCCUCAUCCUAUUGGUACCACCCCUGCCCCUUAUUUUCCAGGUGACCCCACUGAGCGGGCGCCAGUGGGUGGUGGUGCUCCAGAUAUCUCUGCCUGUCAUCCUGCUUGAUGAAGCCCUCAAGUACCUGUCCCGGAACCACAUGGAUGAAGAGAAACACCAGAAGUGAAUGCCGGGAACAGGGUGGAGUCUCCAGUGUGUACCUCAGACUGAUGAUGCCCAGGCCUUCACCCCGACUCUCCACACCGCCAUCACACUCAUCGCUUGGUCACUGGGCCCUGCC